AUGGAAAAAUAUUCAAUCCAGAACCGCGGAAGUUCUUCACUUAGUAACUUAGAGAAUAAUACUGUCAUAUUAAAAACGCCCCUACUUAAAAAUACUUCAAACAAUCGCAUACUUUUACAAUUAGAAAAAGAUGGAUUUGACUCACCAGAUGAAAAAGCGGAAGAACUUAUUAAUAAAAAUUUGAUUAAUUUAGAAUAUCUAUUUGCUCUUAAAUUGCUCUUUGAAAACCCACUUAAUCAAUUUUCAGAUGGAAUUCUUCGUAAUUCUUUAGUUACUUUGGCAGAUCCAAUACAUUUUGAUUAUUACGGAAAACAAAGUAUGGUUAGGCUAGAAUUACAUUUACGUACCUGGGUGGCAGUAUUGGAAAAAAUUUGUGUUACACCAAUGCGUUUAAGCAAAGAACUUCGAGAUAAAGUUUAUAAUUCCUUAGCGAAAUUUGCAGAGAUUCAUAAUAAAACAACCCAAGUAAUGCAAGAAGGCAUUGAUAAUAAUUAUAGAUCUGGUUUCAAUCAAUUUAAUCAAUUACAGCAAGAUGACAAAGAAAAUGGAAAUUUUAUUAAUAAACGAAAUUAUAAUAUUGAUUUCUUAUUAAUUCAUUUACGAGAUACUUUACACAGUUUGCGUGAUGAUGAGACGUUGUUUCAAGAAAUUAUACGAAGAUCUAAGGAAUUACUUAAAGCUGUAUUUAGCAUUACACCACCAUCAACAGCAACUGGAAUUACUCCAAAAGAUGUUAGUUCAUUAUUUUCAAUACUUACUCAUCUACGUAGAGGGUUGAGUUUCAAAUAUCCAGUAUCAUCUUACUAUUUAGAUUGGAGAAUUAUGUUAAUAAUUCAACAUAAUCUUUUUACAUGGUGUGAUACUGAAAUAGCAAUUAGUAAAAAAUUUCAAGAGAUGAUAUUAAUGGAAUAUUUCUGGAGUUAUCUGGAAAGAGAAUGGGUUAAUGUUGCUAAUAAUUCUAUUUUAAAUUCUCAAUCAAAAUUUGAUGAAGUAUCAAAUAAACUUGUUAAAGUUUUAAGAAAUACUGGAAAUUUAUUAAAUGAUUUUGCUGGAAAUGAACCUCUAACUUUGCCACAUACUUUAUGGUUUGGAAUAUUAGAUCUUGUUCAAACUCUCAUUCAUAAAUCUACUCGAAUUUCUACACAUGGUCUUUGUUAUUAUUUAGCAAUUGAAUCACUUAAUAGAGCUCCAAGUAGUUUCAUUCAAUUUAAAGCAAUUGAAAUAUUAUUUCAUUUAAGUAAUAUCAAUAAUAAAAUGUUUUCAAUAAUCCAAAUUGAUUUUGAUCAAUAUGUUCAAAAAUUAAAUGAAAACAACCCAACAACAGAUUUUUCGGAAAAAUUUCAAAAUUUAUUAUCAUUUACUAAAAAUAAAAGUUCUGAUGAUUUUAAUUUUUUUAUAAAUAAUGAUAAUGAAAAAGGAAAUGGAAAAGGAAAAGAAAAGUGUCCAAUUCAAAUUCAAAAUACAAAUUUAACAAAAAAGUUAUCAAAAUCGUAUAAUAUAUUAGAAAAUAUUGCGAAUGAAAUGACAUGUUCUAUUGGUCAUGAACCAACAGACCAAUUAUGUGUUCUAAAAUGUCAACAUACAUUAUCACUUAAUAAUUUUAUAAAAUUAAAACAAAAAAAAUGUCCUGAAUGUCGAGAAAAAAUUGAGGAUAAUGAAAUUAAGUAUUUACCACAAAAUACAAUUUAUAAAAAUUUAUGUUCCCAAUUUAUUGAAGCUGGGUAUGUUUCAUCUUCAAAAGAUAAUCAAUAUGAUAGUGAUUCAGGUGAUUCAGAUGUUAAUUCUAUAUUAAUCAAAAAAAAGAAAAUUCAAGAAGCAAUUAAAUUAACUAGUAUAAAUAGGUCAUUAAAAUCAAUAUUUCAAAUCAGAAAAAAGCAACAUCCAACAUACAGAAAUGCUAUAAAAGAAUUAUUUGAAAAAAAUUAUAAAGAAGCUAUAUCUUGUUGUAAAGAAUUUCUUAAAACUUUUCCACAAAGUUAUUCCAUGAGAUGUAUUUUAGCUUAUACUUAUAGAUGUCUUAAUGAUUAUAAACAAGCACAUUUAUAUUUACAUGAAGCAAUUAAGUUAAAGGAAAAAAGAUCUAUUGCUUGGUAUAUUAGUGGAGAAAUUUACUUUAGACAAAAAUUUUAUAAAGACGCAAAAAAGAAUUUACAAAUUUCAUUAAAUUAUAAUGCUAAAAUAAAUAAUAUAUAUAUAAUGCUCGGAAUUUGUUACAUGAAUUGCCUUUAUGAUUAUAGCGCUUUAGAAAAUUUUAAUACUACCUUACAAAAUGAACCAAAUAAUCAUUUAUGUCUUAAAAAUUGUGCUUAUAUUUAUGAAAGACAAGAUGAAUAUCUUAAUACUUUAAGAAUAUUAGAUAAAUUACUUAGUAUCAAUGAGAAAGAUUCAUUAAUUUUAUGUUAUUAUGGAGAAAUUCUAAGUAAAAUGGAAAAGUAUGAAAAUGCUAUAAUAUAUUUUACAAAAGCAAAUAAUGUAGACCCAGAAAAUGUUCAUAAUUUAAUUAAGAGGGCUACUACAUAUUAUAUACUUCAAGAAUAUGACAAAGCUUUAUUAGAUCUUAAUAAAAUUAUUCAAUUAGAUUUUACUAAUAGUUUAGCAUAUUAUUAUAAAGGAUUAAUUUAUCAUACAAUGAAAGAUAUUAGUAGUUCUAUGGGAGCAUUUGAAAAAUGUAUUGAAUUUGAUUCUGAUAAUAGUUUAGCAAAAAUUCAAGUUAACUAUUUAAAAUAUUCACAAACUUCUAAUAUUGAAAAUUCCCAUGAACUUUUUACUGGAAUUAAUCAAAUUUCCAAUAUAAAUAAUAAUACAUCAUUACUUUUUGUUAGAUGUAAAAUAUAUAUUGAAUUAAAAAAGUAUAAAGAUGCAAAAUCAGAUUUAGAUAGAUUAUUUACAUUAAGCAAUGACAUCUCAUUUAUUUACUUACUACAAAAAUAUUCAAAGUUUUGGUCAUAUUUAUGUAAAUUUUAUAGAAUUAAAAAAAUCUCAGAACUUGGAAUUAUUAAUAAGUUUUAUAUUUAUAUGUUUAAAAUACAAAGGGUUUAUAUUAUUUCAAAUCUUAUGAAUUUAAAUAAUGAUUAUCAAUUUCAAGAAAGUAAUUUAAAUAGUUCAUCGGGGAAUAUAUUACCUAUUAAACAUAAUUGCUUAAGCUUACCCAAGUUUAAUGUAAAAGAGUUGUACAGAUAUAUUUUGUAUGAUAUAGUUUGGAAAAUAAAUAUCAAAAGAAUUAUUUCGACAGAUUGUUUUAUAAAAUUUAUAGUUAAAUAUGAAGAAUAUGAAGAAAAUGGACAUAUCCAUAAGAAAGAAUAUAUGUUGAAAUAUGAAGAUACAAUUAAACUUGAAGGAAUAGGUUGGAUUGAAUAUGUACCAUUUUACUCUAUUUGCUUUGUCAAUUCAAAAUGGAUACAAUUUUCAAUUGAAACAAAUAAGGAUUCUAUUGAUAUGCAAAUAGAUUAUAUUCGAUUUACUAAUGGUUGUAAACAACAAAUUUUUUUUCCUGAGUCGAAUAUUUUAUUGCCAUUUAACACAAAGAACGUUCCAGAAGCUUUUGAGGAUAAGUAUUUUUCAAGAAAAGAAACAGAAAAUUUACUUGAAUUAAAAGACCUUAUCAAUAACUUAUGA